AUGCCUCUCAUUACCGAAGCACACGACUCUCUACCAUACGUCGACGCCCCGCCCUCAGCCUCCGCGCGCCAAAAUGCUCAGCAGCUCAUCAACGCUGAGCUCGCCCCAGAACACUCCUCCAGCCUCCACCCAUCCAUUCCCGCCGCCCCAGAAUUCAAAUUUACACCUCUCAUCCAACAAGAGCUCGAGCGCAAAGCCAAUGGCACCCCCCUCACAGGCGGCAUCGACCUAACCCGCUACGAAGCCCCCGAACCACCAACCCGGACCGACACCGAACCCCCCAAUCUGCCCGAGUGGCGGCAGACCCUUCAAAGUGCCUACACAUCCAGCUCGCACCUGACCAAGCGGCACGAGAAUCUGUCUCUGCUGGAGGAGCACGGCAAGAAUGCGUGGCUUAUCGGCAACGCGCAGCUGGAAGAGACUCUGCGUGGCAUAGAGAAGGAGCUAGCGGAGACGAAGGCUGCUGCGGAGGAGGUCAACAGGCAGCGCAAGAUCGCGCAGGAUGCGAGCUAUGGCGAGCUGACCAAUCUCGAGGCGACGUGGAAGCGUGGGAUUGCGGCAGUGUUGGACGUGGAGUUGGCGUCUGAAGGCGUGCGGAUGCAGAUUCUGGAGCAGAGGAGGCUGGCCGCGCAACAGCAGGCACGGUAA